AUGGCCACCACCGCGCCUCUUAGCGCGAAAUCCAAGCUGCCCGGGCCCAGUGCCUCCCUUAAAAUCACCCCCUCCAAUUCUCCCAUUCUCCGUCCGAACGCUCGAUCUCCAAGCAAGUCUUCACAUCAAUCAUCAUUGUCCCUACAAACCGUGCUAGGCACGACAACUACGACUCCCAAUGGCUUUUCCAGUCAUGAUCAGAGCAAAAGCUUUGCCCUAUGUGCCGGCUCUGCCGCAGUUCUCGCCGAGAUCGACGAUGAGGCCAAUAUUAGCCAGCGCUUCUUUCGGGCUCGUCCCUCUGCAACUAGUGUGAACCCUACAACUUCAUUCUAUAAUCAAUCCACCCCUCCCGCGACCCCCGACCCUCGAUCACGAUCAUUAUCCCACAUUCGUUCGAACCCGCAUCUCAACGUUCCUAGCGGAUCGCCCUCUAGUGAAGCAGCAGAUAACGGGAGUCCUCGGGCAUGGUCGUCAAGAGAAAGGGUCAAGGCAGUAACCAGCGUUUCCAUCAGUCCCAAUGGCAGAUUUCUGGCUGUGGGUGAAACCGGUUACAAUCCCCGCGUCUUAAUCUUUUCGACCGCGAGAGAUUCUCUACCGGACGUACCCCUUUCGAUCCUAAGCGAGCAUACAUUUGGAGUACGAAGCAUUGCAUUCAGUCCUGAUUCGCAGUACCUGGCAACACUGGGCAACCCAAAUGACGGGUUUCUCUUGAUAUGGUCCAUCAAUCUGAAGAAUGGGUCGGCAAAGCUUCACUCGGCAAACAAAUGCACCUCCUUUGUGCGCGAUAUGUGCUGGGUGGGGCAGGCGUUGGUUACCACGGGCGUGCGGCAUGUAAAAGUCUGGCGUCUUCCAAUCGUGCGGCCAGCUUCGCCCACGAAAUCUCGGUUGAAUGCGGAUGGCGCAGCGCCAUCCCCGAACCCGGCCCCAAAGGCACUCUCUGGAAGAAAUUGUCUAUUGGGCCACCUGGGAGACAGCACGUUCAGCUGUGUCAGCAGCAUCUCUGAUCAGGAGGCAGUUGUCGGCACAGAAUCGGGUGCUGUGUGUCUCCUAGAUGAUCGCGAAGGGUCUCAAAAGUUAUCUGCAGUGGUACAGCUUGGUUUUGGGAUUACUUCUUUAGCUGUUGAUUUCGAUCGAGAGUCAAUUUGGUUGGGUGGUCGUGGAAAGAGAAUGCAACGGAUAUCGUUCGACUCCUUCCGAUCCUCAUCUGUGCCUACCUCUAUGUCACCGGCCCGGCCCGAGAUGGCCAUGGGAAGCAAGAAGUCCAAGGGACCGCCCAUUACUUGCAUGGGAUCCCUUUCUUCGCAUUUGGUGACGGUGGAGGCGACCCGAGAGAUCCACAUCUAUCCUAUUGAAUCAUUACCAGACGAGGGCGAGCAGGAGAAUGGCGAGACCUCUAUGCCUGCGCAUCGAGAUCCAGUCCUUGGGAUUCGCCAGCUUAAGGCAGGGAACAGACUGUCCGCAAAUUUCUUCUCGUGGUCUCGCAAUGGCUCGGUCAUUUUUUGGGACGCUCGGGGGAAAUGCAUAGAUUCAAAGAAUGUGACACUUGAGCAGACUUUAUGUGCAGAAGAGGAUGUGGUAAACGAGCUGAAGGUCCUCAGAGCUGCAGAUAGCGGGGAUUGGUUUGUAUCGGGAGAUAAGUUUGGUGUUCUAAGAGUUCUCUCUGGUGGCGAUUGGAGCUGUAUUGAUGGAGCACGUGCCCAUGGAGGAGAAAUUACGGACAUUGCUAUACAGCCUUCGGGCGACUCUUUCUUGAUCGCAAGCUCUGGCCGUGAUCGCAUGGUUCAGCUCUUUCAGAAAUCUGAAUCGAACUUACAGCUGGUUCAAACAAUGGACGACCAUGUUGGUGCAGUCGGGCAGAUCAUGUUCACGAAGGAUGGCGAGAAAUUAUUGUCCAGCUCUGGAGACCGGACAAUUUUGAUCCGAGAGCGUGUGUCUCGAGAAGAAGAGGGGGCAACUUCUGUUGCAUAUCUCAUUUCCAGGAUCAUCACGAUGAAGACAUCCCCAGUAUCUAUGACACUCUGUCCAGAUGAUUCCAACCUGCUUUUUGUAUCAACCAUGGAUCGCUGUAUCUCCAAGUUCGACAUCCCCUCUGGACGUCAACUCCAUUGCUUCCGGGCAUCGGACUCGGAAACGAAUGAUGCUGUGAUCAUGAGCUCAUUGACUAUCGCCUCUGAAAUCCCCGGGCAAAGCCCGAAGCUUCUGGUGGGCGUUUCGGGCACGGAUAAGUCCAUUCGGGUAUAUGAUUUGGAAAGAGAUCAUCUUCUCACAGGAGAGUUUGGUCAUACAGAAGGUGUGAGCGAUGCGCUUCUCCUCGAAGAACAUGACAAUUCAGAUCCCGAGAAGCCAGUCGCUAAGCGCAGCAUAAUCUCAGCUGGUAUGGAUGGUAUUCUUAUGAUUUGGAAUUUGUGUGUCCAACCACACUUGAGCCCAGAUCUGGUUCAGACAGGGCGCGAUGAUGAAGGUCCUAUAAAAGAAGCCACUGCGGCCAAGGUGCCCCUUCGAAAAGUUCUUUCGCGGAGCGAACUAGCCGGAUUCCAGAGGCCCGACAAUCCUAGCCCCUUAGGGACGCCUACACCAGUCCGCGAGCUGUCUCCAACUUUGUCAAGAAAGAUGUCAAAAUUGUCUCUCACACCAUCCACUCUUAAAAACAACUCCCUUGCCGAGACUCCAUCUCCACCCAAUCGUCGCUCGCCUACUUGCUUCACGCCUACAGACAACAACCGCAGGUCACCAUCGCCAGUCAGCCCCAAGACAAGGACGACCUCCACCUCCAAAAAAUUCAGCAGUACAAGGAGCACCAAUCGUCGUGCCUCGAUGGACUUCCGCUCCCGCACUAAGACUUCUAGCCGGAGCGAGUUCGGUAGCCUGGACAUGUCCACAGAACAAGUCUGCCGAACACUUCGCGCUUAUCGCAAGAAGCUGAAUGGGUCCACGCAGCAAAUUCAAGCACAGAAGGAGCUGGAGCGAGAAUUAAACCUUACAUUGCGCGCCGUGAGCGCCCGAUCUCAACACAGUGACGAGAGCGCAGAAACAGAAACAGAUAGCAGUGGCAAAGAUAUGGAUCGGAAGCCUAGCUACUCCCCGAGUUCAUCUCGAUUUUCCUCCCGGUCUCCUCAUCACCCUCGCCAUAUGCCCUCAGCCCCGUCAUUGCGCCAUAAACACAUGGGGCAGGUCUCAGGGAGUCGGUCAUAUGAUGCGAAUGGUGAUGAAUGA